AUGGCGUCGUCGUCGAAGCGGUCCUGCUGGGACGAGGCGUCCGUGGCCUCCCAGGCCUCCUUCCUGAGCAUUCUGACGGAGAUGAGCGUCGUCAAGCGCCAGCACGACCACGAGCAGCGCCUCGAGAAGCGGCGCGAGCGCCGGCGCAAGGAGAAGAAGGAGCGCGCGCGGCGCGGGCCCGUGAACCACCCCGCGCGCUUCGACGUGUCGACGACGACGCUCUUCGACCGGACCGGCUCGCGGUCGCGGUCCGCGUGGCUCCAGGUGACGCCGCAGCGCCACAGCGAGCCGCCGCGACCGCCGCGGAGAGCGCGCGAGCGCCGCGCGAGGACGCCGGCGCCCUGGAAGCCCGUGGGCGGGCUGAGCACGUAUUUCGGCGACCCGCCCCUGCACGAGCUCGCGCCGAAACUGCGGAAGAAGAGUCUACACGACAUCACGCGCCAAAUCGAGGAGCUCGAGCGCGACGCGCGCGAGGACGCGUACCACGACCGGUCCAAGGACGUCGUCGAGGCGCUGCGCGAUCUCGCGCAUCAGCGCGACGACGAGCUCCAGUGGGAACGCGACCACAACCCGCUCCACGUCGCCGCGGACAGCUCCGUGGCCGCCGUGCGCUUCCGGAGCUCCCUGAAGAA